GCCGGCAGCAGCUUUGCGCGCUCAUGUUGCCACGUGUUUUCAAAGCUAGUGCGUGCCAAGGACUUCUCAAGGCUGUCACAGCGGCAUCUUGGGCGGUAUCAGCGGGUUGCUGACACGGACGAGGGUGGAUAGGAGUGAGUGAGUGAGGGAGGGAGGGAGGGCGAAGGCAAUCAGGAGAGAUCGAGGAGGAGGCAGAGGGAGCACGACGUGGGGGAAAGGGAAGAAAGGGUGUGCAGUCCAGUUUUGGCGGUCUGCCUGCAACUUUGGAGUACCGAUCGAGCUGCACGGUAGUACCCAGGGAAUAAAUAGCCUGAUUGCCACAGCAGCGGCCGCCGCCGCCGCCGCCGCCCCCGCCCCCGCCCCCGUCCCCGCCCACGCCGCGUUGGCUGCCAUCUCUACGUGCUCAAGGUUGCGUUAUCGAAGCUCUCAGCUAUGGCUGGCCCGAGGAUUCUGCAAGAUGACGCGGUGGAGGAGAAGGGUGAUCGUGCUCGCAUGGCGUCCUUCGUUGGCGCCAUCGCCGUAGCUGAUUUGGUGAGAACGACGCUCGGUCCCAAGGGCAUGGACAAGAUUCUGCAGUCCACCGGGAGGCAGAAAGAGGUGAUGGUGACCAACGACGGUGCGACGAUUCUGAAAUCGCUCCACGUGGACAAUCCUGCUGCCAAGGUACUUGUCGACAUUUCCAAGGUCCAGGACGACGAGGUUGGCGAUGGCACGACGUCUGUCGUCGUGCUUGCCGGCGAACUGCUGCGCGAAGCGGAGCGGCUGAUGAACAAGAAGAUCCAUCCCAUGACAAUCAUCGAUGGGUAUAGAAAGGCGGCGGAGUGCGGGAGAGCAGCGCUGGAGGCAAUGGCGCGAAACAACUCAGGCGAUCCUGCCAAAUUUCACGAAGAUCUGAUCCGGAUUGCCAAAACCACGCUGAGUUCCAAGAUCGUAUCACAGGACAAAGACCAUUUUGCAAAGCUGGCCGUCGAUGCAGUCCUCCGUCUGAAGGGCAGCACUAACUUGGCUUCCAUCCAGAUCAUCAAGAAACCGGGGGGGUCGUUGAAAGACUCGUUCCUUGACGAGGGGUUCAUCCUGGACAAGAAGAUUGGAGUCGGUCAGCCGAAGAGGAUCGAGAAUGCGAAGAUUUUGGUGGCGAACACGGCCAUGGAUGUCGACAAGAUCAAGAUCUACGGCGCUCGCGUCCGCGUCGACGGAAUGGGCAAGGUGGCGGAGAUCGAGGCGGCGGAGAAGGAGAAGAUGAGAGAGAAGUGUAGGAAGAUCAUCGCGCACGGGAUCAAUUGCUUUAUUAACAGGCAAUUGAUAUAUAAUCUGCCAGAAGAAAUCUUCGCGGACGCCGGAGUCAUGGCCAUCGAACAUGCGGAUUUCGACGGAAUCGAUCGGCUGGCACUGGUGACGGGAGGAGAGAUUGCAUCGACCUUCGACAAUCCGGAGUCCGUGAAACUGGGUGAGUGCAAGGUAAUCGAGGAGAUAAUGAUCGGAGAGGACAAGCUCAUUCAUUUCUCUGGUGUGGCUAUGGGGGAAGCGUGCACGAUCGUCCUGAGAGGGGCAAGUUCGCAUUUGCUAGACGAAGCGGAGAGGUCACUUCACGACGCUCUGUGUGUCUUGACUCAGGCUGUGGUCGAUAGUAGAGUGAUUUGGGGUGGGGGAUGGCCGGAGGUGAUGAUGGCGAGACACGUGGACGAGUUGGGGAAGAAGACUCCUGGGAAGAAGUCGUUGGCUAUGGAGUCCUUCGCGACGGCGCUUAGGGCGAUUCCUAGCAUCAUAGCGGAGAAUGCAGGGCUAGACAGUGCUGACCUCGUUGCGCAGAUGAGAGCAGAGCACUUUAAGGAGGAGGGCGAUGAAGACAGAAUGUUGGCUCCUGGAAUCGACGUAGUUUCGUGUGGAGUGGCAGACAUGGAAAAAUUAGGUAUCUAUGAGUCGUUCAAGGUCAAGCAGUCGGUGCUUCUCUCGGCGACUGAGGCGGCAGAGAUGAUCCUUCGCGUCGAUCAGAUCGUGAAGUGCGCUCCCAGGAGGAGGGAGGGAAUGUAGAGAGAGAGAGAGAGGGAGAGAGAGAGAGAGAGAGAGAGAGAGAGAGAGAGAGAGAGAGAGAGAGAGAGAGAGAGAGAGAGAGAGAGAGACUGUUCGGCACGCACCGUCAGGGGAAGGUGAAACUCGUGGACGUAAACUUUGAGUGUACGUUGGCUAAAAGCAUUUGAGUGUUCUUCGACUGAUAGAUCGUGAAGUGUUCUUCGACUGAGAGGAUGGUGGUGGACAAUGGUGUGUGUUUGUGUUGAGAGGGAUGAGAGAAGGGAGAGAGAUCAAGAGAACGAGGGGAGAGAGGGAGGUGGGAAAUGAUUUCGAAUGGUAGAUAAUUGAAAAGAGAGAGCAGGGACGGCAGAUCAGAAGGAGGGGAUUAACUAGAUCGAGCGGUGAACAAAUAGGGGAAAGAUGGAUGACGAAGAAAAGACAGUCGUCAGGCAGGGAUGGAGUGAGAUAGAUGUGACCAUUUUCUCGCGAGAGAGAGAGAGAGAGAGAGAGAGAGAGAGAGAGAGAGAGAGAGAGAGUGAGAGUGAGAGAGAUUCUCGCCUUCUUCUUGAUCGACAGGUGACCGACGUUGGGUUUGUUUGUAUGAUUGGAUGGACAUUGGUUUCGGUCACCUGUCCAUGCAUGUUGGCCGGGUACCUUAUGAAACCGGACGAUUGGGGAUGAGGGGGAAGGAGGAGGAGGAAAGGGGAACGCCGUAUUGUUUUGAGUUUAUUCAAAGAUUGGCUCAGGGCAUACUACCUACCAGUAGGUUUUCUGAGAUGAACCUGGCCGGCGUUACAGUCAGAUUUUAUCCAAAAGGUACGUGUGAGUAUGGCCUUUGACAGCUUGAGGAGACGGUGUUCGAGAACAGGUCACCUUGUUCGAUCGGCGGAUCAAAGGGCCAGGGAAAACAGUUUUGAUUUCCUAUUUCGUGUUUAGGUUUAGGCAUUGGCCCGUUGUGCGCUCUUCUCAUUCGCAAGAAGAGAGGAGGUAGGGCACGGGUCGAUGGUUCUGUGAUGCUCUCACCCUGUUUAAGAGACGAUGAUUGAAAAAUAUUCUUGUAUGUUGUUGGCAGUUCGUUUGCAUGACACG